AUGGUAUCGAGGCGCACAAGAAAGAAGGCGAAAUCACGGUCGAUAAGUUCGACUACCCUUUCUGAAGUCUUGUUUCAAGAGGCAAAAAAGAAACGGGCAGCACGCAAAGGAAUCCACAAACGGUACCGUCUAUCACCCUCAUUGGCCAAACUAAUUGGCAGCGACGAACCCGAAACACGCUACAACGUAGUCAAGCUAAUAUGGAUACAAAUCAAGGAAAGAAAACUCCAAGAUCCCGAAGACCCAGCCUAUAUCGAUUGUGAUGCUGAAUUUGAGGAUGUGACCGGGAUGGUGCGCCUUAAAGGCUUUACCAUAAUAAAGCACCUCAACCACCACUUUUUAGAAUAA